AUGCCGAAAGCGACAAGUCGCCAGCCGUCCAUUGAGGACCGCCCCUUGCAUGGACUGGUCGGCAUCAUCAAGCCCAGCGGCCCUACGUCGAUGGAUCUGCUGGAUCAGCUCAAACCCUUGCUUGCCUCGUCCUCCCUCUUUUACGCGCCGAACGAAAACAUGGACACGAAGUCGCAGCGCCGACUCAAACCAUGGGAGCGCGCCAUGAUCAAAAAGUGUGGGCGCUUGCCGCCGAAGUUGGGGCAGGGUGGGACGUUGGACCCACUUGCGGAAGGUGUCCUGGUCGUCGGCGUGGGCAACGCGACGAAGCACUUGCAAAAGUUUUUGGACUGUACGAAAGAGUACGAGACGACCGGCCUGCUAGGCACCGCGACGACCUCGUACGAUAGCAAGGAGCCGAUCAUGCGUCGCGCGCCUGUCUCGCACGUCACGGAAGAACUUGUGCGUUCGAAGCUUCCCAUGUUCACAGGGCCCGUCCAGCAGUUGCCGCCGCUGUUUAGCGCGCUGCGUAUGGAUGGCAAGCGUUUGUUUGAGUACGCGAGAGAAGGCCUUCCUCUCCCUCGGCCCAUUGAGCCUCGUAACGUCACUGUGGAGUCGUUGACGUUGACGGCUUGGUACCCUCCCGAUGCGCAUACCUACCAGCCCCCCACGACCGAGGUGCCUGAGGAGGAACGGGCUUUGGUUGGCCAAGUUCGUCGCUUAGCUGGUAGCGAUGAUCGUGGCUUGGAUACGAUGCGCGCCGAGGACGACGCGUCGUCCUCGACGUCGGUGGAUCAUACCAUUACCACGCCACCGACAGACGAAGCUGACGUGGCACCGCCUGCAUUUUCGUUGGCCAUGACGGUGUCUUCUGGCACCUAUGUGCGCUCUAUUGUGCACGAUCUCGGCACGGCGUGCGGUAGCGCGGCGCAUGUCGUGCGUCUGGUUCGGACGCGUCAAGGCGACUUUGCUCUCGGCACCGAUACCACCCCAGGGAACUGCAUCCCAUGGGCCGUGUUUGAGCGUGGCCUGGCGGAGCUGAAAAGCGCCUCUCUCGAUUCACGCGAUGCAUCGGGCCUGCGUGAAUGGGAGCGCAUGCUUCUACAAUACAUUCAGCCUGUGUGA